ACGUGCGAGAGAUGGCGACGGUGCGCCGCGCGGGCGCGAGAGGUUAGGUUCGCUCGUGCGGUCCGCUCUUGGGUGACUUGGGUCGAGUGAGUCGAGUCUCGCUCAGUCUCGCUCUCAAGAUUCGCUCGUGGAGCGUCACAUCGGGAAAAGUACACGAUGGCGCAGAGCAGGCUGGAGAGGAUCGGCACGAUAUACAGCAGAGUUACCUCGUUAUUGAAAGGCAAAGCUAUGAAGGAGGAAGACAUGCCGCUGUGGGUGGCGGUGUACCAGGCUUUUCCCCCGAAGUACGAGCCUAGAUACGACAGACGACUGCCGAGGAAACCGAUCAGGCCUGUCUUUUACGAGGAGGACCCUAUUCGAGCGAGGUUCCACAGAGAUCAGAGCUUCAUACCAAGUACCAAUCUGGCGAACGAAAAUGUCAAGUCCGCCACGCAGAACUUCCUCUCCAUGUACCAGGCGAUAAGCAAGCAGGAAGGACUGUCUGAAGACGACGCGUACGAAAAGGCGAUGAAACGAUACGCCUCCGAGGUGGAGACGAGAAGGGAGCCGACGAAUACGAAAGAACCAUUCACAGACUCUCGAGUGAAGUAGUAAAAUAUAUUCGUAUAGUUUUGUUAUAAAUAAAGAUCUCAUUGUUAAAACUC